UAUCCCUGCAAGGCUCGUUCAAGAAUAAGAAAUCUUCAUUGAAAAUUUAAAUAAUAAUUGUUACUUCUUUAGUUUUACGUUCAUCGUGUUUAACAGUUGUAAUUUAAACAAAUCUUUCAUACAAAUAUCAUCGGAGAUUUAAUUUAUUGUGCCAGAUCACUAACCAUGCCUCUUUACAAGGUAAAAGUGAAAUGGGGAAAAGAGCUGUACAAGGACGUAGAAGUGAACACAGGAGAAGAUCCCAUGGUGUUCAAGGCUCAGCUGUUUUGUCUGACCGGUGUACAGCCCGAAAGGCAGAAAGUGAUGGUCAAAGGUCAGACUUUAAAGGACACAGAUUGGGGAAACAUCAAAUUGGACAAUGGCGCUAUGGUGUUGAUGAUGGGAAGUAAAGAAGAAGACGUCCCCACAGAACCCACGGUCAAACCAGUGUUUGUUGAGGACAUGAAUGAAGCAGAAUUAGCGACAGCGAUGGAUCUACCAGCUGGACUGACCAAUCUUGGCAACACAUGCUACAUGAAUGCAACUGUUCAGUGUCUGAAAACAGUCCCAGAACUGAGACAAGCCCUUCAAAAAUUUGACGGAGGUGUCUCCAUCAGCAACAACCUGCCAGCCCAGUCCAUCACCGGAGCUCUUAGAGACUUGUAUUCCGCCAUGGACAAAGGUCCAUCCAUCGCUCCCCUCAUACUGCUGCAAGUCAUGCACAUGGCCUUCCCACGCUUCGCUGAGAAGGGGGAUAGCGGCAAUUUCAUGCAGCAGGACGCCAACGAGUGUUGGAUGGAGAUGAUUAGAAUGUUACAACAGAAGCUUCCAGCCGUUAAACUGGACGGAGAAGAGGCCCGAGCUUCUUUUACGUCAGUCAUCGACCAGUUCUUCGGUGGACAGUUUGACGUAGAGAUGAAGUGUGUAGAAGCCCCCGAGGAACCUCCGAGUCACAGUUCAGAGAGUUUUCUACAACUCAGUUGCUUUAUCAGCACAGAAGUCAAAUACAUGAUGUCGGGGCUAAAAACUAGACUACAAGAACAAAUUACGAAACACUCUCCGACCCUGAACAGAGACGCUCAAUACUUAAGAGCUAGCAAAGUAAAAAGAUUACCAGCUUACUUAACGGUGCAGUUUGUUAGAUUCUUCUAUAAAGAAAAGGAGUCAAUUAACGCCAAGGUCUUGAAAGACAUCAAGUUCCCCAUUGAUUUUGAUGCCUUUGAGUUGUGUUCACCUGAACUGCAACAAAAGCUCAUCCCCAUGAGGACACGUUUUAAGGAACAAGAAGAUAAAGAAUUGGAGGAUGCGACAAACUUAAAAAAAGUUGGACCCCUUGGUGAUAGGAAAAAGAAAGAAGGGAAGAAGGAACCAUAUUGGUUCCCUGAAGACCUGGGUAGCAACAACUCAGGGUUCUACACACUGCAGGCCGUGCUGACGCACAAAGGCAGGUCGAGCAGCAGUGGACACUACGUCGCGUGGGUGCGACAGAGCCCGCGAGGCGACACGUGGCUCAAGUGUGACGACGACCAAGUAUCUCCCGUCACUACCGAGGACAUACUCAAGCUCUCUGGAGGCGGUGACUGGCAUUGUGCGUAUGUGCUGCUUUAUGGCCCCCGCAUCUUGGAAACCCCGCUGGAAGAAGAAUCAGCUCCCACUGCCAUGGAGACUGCCCCCGCCAGCAACGUUAACUCUUAACUGAUCUGGGACUUUAUUUAUUGAAGCAUUUAUAAACGACUGUUGAGUUUUUACUUGAUGUGCUUGUUAUGUCUAGGCUAAGAGAAUAAAAUUUAUUUCUUAACCUUAAA